GUUGGACUUGGAACAGAAUACCGGACUUCACUUCAGAGGGUUGGUAAAGGGCGUGUUUAACCGGUAACACGAUAGCUUAAUCCCUCUCUCGCUCUCUCUGCAGCAAAGCAUUUUUCGACCACUGUUCGACUCUGCCAUGGCGAUAUCAUUGCAGCUGUGCCGCGUGUCUCUCCGCACGGACCUCUUCUGUCCGUCAUCGGAGAGCCUCACGUCGCGCCGGAAGCCGUUUCUCCUACGAUGCUCUGCUGGGGCCGAGCCUUCUGGUUCUGUUGCCGCACGGGAUUCGGAUUUUGAUGCUAAGGUGUUUCGGAAGAACUUGUCUAGAAGCAGGAAUUAUAAUCGGAGAGGGUUUGGCCACAAGGAGGAAACUCUCGAGCUCAUGAAUCGCGAGUAUACUAGUGACAUUAUCAAGAAAUUGAAAGAGAGUGGGAACGAGUAUACAUGGGGCAAUGUUACUGUGAGACUGGCAGAAUCUUAUGGAUUUUGCUGGGGUGUCGAGCGAGCUGUUCAGAUUGCUUAUGAAGCAAGGAAACAGUUUCCCAAUGAGAAGAUUUGGAUCACCAACGAAAUCAUACACAAUCCAACUGUCAACAAGCGGUUGGAGGAGAUGCAAGUUAAAAACAUCCCCAUUGAGGAGGGGAUAAAACAAUUUGAUGUUGUUGAUAAGGGCGACGUUGUGAUUCUGCCCGCUUUUGGAGCUGCAGUUGAUGAAAUGCUGGCACUGAAUGACAAAAAUGUGCAAAUUGUCGAUACAACUUGCCCUUGGGUAUCUAAGGUUUGGAACACUGUUGAGAAGCACAAGAAAGGAGAUUACACUUCUAUCAUUCAUGGACAAUAUGCUCACGAGGAGACUGUAGCAACUGCAUCUUUUGCAGGAACAUAUAUUAUUGUGAAGAAUAUGAAAGAGGCGAUAUAUGUCUGUGACUACAUUCUUGGGGGUGAACUUAAUGGAUCUAGCUCAACUAAAGAGAAGUUUCUAGAGAAAUUUAAAUUUGCUGUUUCCAAGGGGUUUGAUCCUGACAGAGACCUAGUAAAAGUUGGCAUUGCUAAUCAGACAACAAUGCUCAAGGGUGAAACAGAAGAGAUUGGGAAAUUGGCAGAGAGAACUAUGAUGCGCAAGCAUGGAGUAGAAAAUAUCAAUGACCACUUUGUGAGCUUUAAUACAAUUUGUGAUGCUACGCAAGAGCGACAAGAUGCAAUGUACAAGCUUGUAGAAAACAAAAUGGAUCUCAUGUUAGUGAUUGGGGGUUGGAACUCAAGUAACACCUCCCACCUUCAAGAAAUUGCAGAGGCCCGUGAAAUUCCCUCUUAUUGGAUCGACUGUGAGAAGCGAAUAGGUCCAGGAAAUAGAAUUUCUCAUAAGUUGAUGCAUGGGGAGCUGGUCGAGAAAGAAAAUUGGCUACCUGAGGGCCCCAUCACAAUCGGGGUAACUUCUGGUGCCUCUACCCCUGAUAAGGUGGUUGAAGAUGCCCUUAUCAAGGUGUUCGAUAUCAAACGUCUGGAAGCCUUACAACUAGCAUAAAAGACGGCAGUUUUUAUGUCUACAUAUAGUUCGAUAUUUAACAGUCCCAUAUGCACUUGAAUUUAUGUUUCAUUCGUAUUUCGGCUCACAUUUAUAUCCUACAUGGGAAAUUUUAAGCUGCAUGGGUUGAGUAAGAAGUUCAUAAAUGUUGGAGUGUUGGUUGUUUGA